UGGCUUUUAUUUGUAAACAAAAGGUAUUAAAUGACAGAUUCGAAAACGCCCCGGCGUGAGAUCUUAGGGGCUGAAUUGGUGUUCUGCUUGUAUUGAACCCGACCAUUAAGUUUCGUUAUUUGAGAGUGGUAUUUUUUUCUAAGCUAGUUUUUUCUUGCUAACUUAAAUAUGUCUUGUCCAGCUUCUACACUGAUUGAGAUUGAUGGUGGAAUGUUAGAGGGGGGCGGGCAGAUUCUUCGACUGGCCCUGGCGUUCAGUGCACUCAGGACCAUUCCUGUUCGGGUGCGUAACAUCCGAGCCGGCAGGAGCUCUCCCGGCUUGAGGGCACAGCACCUGAGAGGCGUGCAGAUCGUGCAGCAGAUGACAGGCGGCACGCUGAAGGGAGCUGACAUCGGGUCCACCAGCAUCGAGUUCCACCCGGGCAGGAUCCGCGGAGGGGAGUACUCGGCGGACACCCAGACUGCCGGGAGUAUUGGAUUGCUGAUACAAGUAGCCCUGCCGUGUGCGUUGUUCAGCGACAAGGUGACGGUUCUCAAGCUGAAGGGCGGCACCAAUGCAGAGAUGGCACCCCAGUUUGACUACACAACAGAGGUUUUCAGGCCAUUGUUGGAAAAAUUUGGAGCCACGUUUGAUUACAAAAUUAUUAAGAGGGGUUACUACCCUCGGGGAGGAGGGGAGGUGCACAUUCGAGUGCGCCCCGUACAGAAGAUAGAGCCUGUCGAGAUGACCGAGAGCGGGCGAGUGGUGCGCAUGUGGGGGUGGGCUUUUGUUGCUGGUGCGCUGCCUAUUAAGAUGGCUGAGGUAAUGGCCGACAGUGCAUCAAGGGUACUGAAGAAAAGUUAUCCUGAUGCAGAAGUGAACAUUGAGCCUUAUAAAGAAGCUCCAGACGAAGCAGUCGGUAGUGGGUCUGGCAUAAACGUUGUGGCACAGACCGACAAGGGCUGCCUGCUCGGGGGCUCCGCGCUCGGCAAGAGGGAACUCAAGGCCGAGGAAGUAGGACAGAAGGCAGCUGAGGAGCUUCUGGAGUCUGUCAGGACUGGCGCGUGUGUCGACAACUAUGCGCAAGAUCAGGUUAUUUUGCUCAUGGCCAUUGCUGGUGGUAAGUCCCGUGUGAAGUGUGGGCCAGUGACUCUACACACUCAGACAGCAAUCCACAUUGCGGAACUACUCACACAGGCUAAAUUCAACAUCGUGAAAUUAGGACCAGAUUCCAACAUUAUUGAAUGCGAUGGAAUAUCAUUAAUAAACAAUAACAAUGUAUCUACUUCUUAAUAUAUAUAUAUAUUUAUAUAUAUAUGUAUUUAUUCGUAAUUAUCUUGACUGAAUGUUCAUACAAAAUCUUAAGAAUGAAAAUGAUAUAUUCUUUGUUGUAGAUUAUUUAUUGAAUAUGAUGGAAUUUUUUUUGUAUGUAUGUAUCAUACAUUUUUUUAAAAAGUAAUUUAUAAAAUAACCUGACUGAAUUUUGGUAUAAAAUCAUGAAUAUGAA